AUGAAAGUCCAAUGGAAACAUCGUCCAGUUGAGGAAGAUACUUGGGAAACCAAGAAGGACAUGCGAGACAAGUAUCCUCAGUUGUUUGUCGAUUCAGAGACAGCAGGUGAGGCAGAAGAAUCAGAUUCUGCACUUGUAGAUGAUGACGAUAAAAUUGGCGAGGAUAAUGAGGAGGAUGAAAUACAUGACAUUCUCAGAGAUUUACAUCCUGUUUUUAAUGUAGAUAAUAUGAAUAAACGCAAUGAUGACGUUCUCGAGGAGGAACCAAAUCCUGAAGCAAAAAGAUUUUAUAGUCUUUUAAAGGAUUUUGAUCAACCCCUAUACGAAGGUUCAAAAGUUUCAAAACUUUCAACUUUGGUGAAAUUGCUUCAUAUUAAAAGUAUUGGUCAUUGGAGUAAUAACUCAUUUAAUAUGUUAUUGAAGAUGUUAAAGAAAGAUUUGUUGCCUGAUGAAUCAAACUUGCCAGAUUCAUAUUACGAAGCAAGGAAGUUAAUUAAAAGCUUAGGGAUUUCAUAUGAUCGGAUCGAUGCAUGUAGGAAUGAUUGCAUGCUAUAUUGGAAGAAUGACAAGUUUGUUGAUUCUUGCAAAAUUUGUGGCGCAUCUAGAUGGAAGGAGGAUAAACAUAAUGGGGAAACCAAAUUUAAAAAGGGGAAAAAGAUACCAUACAAGAUCUUACGCUACUUUCCUUUAAAGACAAGACUUCAAAGAUUGUUUAUGUCCUCAAAAAGAUCUCCUUUAAUGAGAUGGCAUCAUGAAAACAAAGCUAAUGAUGGAAUUAUGAGGCACCCGGUUGAUUCAAAAGCAUGGAAAAAGUUUGAUGAACUUCAUCAAUCAUUUGUUGUGGAGCCUCGUAAUGUUAGGCUUGGACUUGCUAGUGAUGGUUUUCAACCAUUUGGAUGUUCUAGAACUCCGUAUAGUAUUUGGCCUGUGGUACUUAUUCCUUAUAACUUACCACCAUGGUUAUGCAUGAAGCAGGAAAAUUUUAUUUUGUCAAUGCUUAUUCCUGGUCCUGGAAGUCCUGGAGAUGCAAUUGAUGUUUAUCUCCAACCUUUAAUUGAUGAAUUAAAGGAAUUAUGGGAAACUGAAGUUUGUACCUUUGAUGCGUCCACUAAACAGAAUUUCACAUUGUAUGCUGCUUUAUUAUGGACCAUUAAUGACUUUCCAGCUUAUGGAAAUUUAUCAGGUUGGAGUACAAAAGGAAAAUUGGCUUGCCCAUGUUGUAAUAGAGAAACUUUCUCAAUAAGAUUGACAAAUGGUAAAAAACAGUGUUAUAUGGGUCAUAGACACUUUCUUCCUCUUAAUCACAAAUGGAGGAAUGAUAAGAAGUCAUUUGAUGGUACUGUAGAGAGGAGAUUACCUCCAAAUACAUUAUCUGGUGAUGACAUACUUGAUCAAGUGGUUGAUUUAGAUGGGUUACCUCUAACUAAUGAUCAAAAGAAGAAGGUUAAAGUAUCACAUGAUAGUAGAGGUGAUAAUUGGAAUAAGAAGAGUAUAUUUUUUGACUUUCCAUAUUGGAAAACUCUGUUGUUGCGGCAUAAUUUAGAUGUGAUGCACAUUGAGAAGAAUAUAUGUGAUAAUAUUUUGGGAACAAUCUUGAAUAUCAAAGGUAAAACAAAAGACACCUUGACCAGUCGUUUGGAUUUGCAAGAAUUGAAUAUCAGGAAAGAAUUACAUCCAAAAAGAAAUGGAGAAAAAUAUGAGUUACCGACAGCAUGUUUCACAUUAUCUCCUGAAGAGAAGCAUAAGUUUUUAAGCUUUUUGAAGGAUUUAAAGGUUCCAGAUGGAUUUUCAUCAAAUAUUUCUCACUGUAUCAAUAUGAAAGAUCACAAAAACUCAGGAUUAAAAAGUCAUGAUUGUCAUGUUCUACUUCAACAUUUAAUCCCACUUGCCAUACGUAGUAUGCUAUGCAAUGAAGUGUGUGAGCCGCUAAUUGAGUUGUCAUUGUUUUUCAAUCUGCUUGGAGCAAAGUGCUUAAAACUUGAGGAUUUGGAACAAAUAAAAGCACAAAUUCCUGAAACUCUAUGCAAGUUAUAA